AUGAACGCAUCCUCGAACUACACCGUAUCGAAUAAACCACUGGGAGCCGGAACCACGACACUAACUGCUUGGUUCAUCGUGACAACCUUCAUUGAAUUCCUUACGUCAUUAUCGAUAAUUCUCCUAAUUAUUGCCAUUCUGUAUCGGCACUGGAGACCAUCGGAAUCCCACAUUCAGAUCAUCCAUAUGCUCUUAACUAGCCUGCUGAUUACAGCCGUCGUCAAUCCGGCCAUGACAUUGUCCAUUUAUUUCCCCUCGGUGACACUGUCAUUAACCAAUUGUCGUAACCUUUACGUCGCUUACAUCAUUUGUGCCGGCAGCGAACAGUGGGCGUCGUUCAUGCUGUCGAUCAACCGGCUAAUUGCCGUUGUUUUUCCGUAUCAUUAUUCAAAAUUCAACAACCGCGUCGUAACCGUUGCGGCGAUGCUGAUUGGCUGGGUCAUUUUGUUGGCGUUUGCGCUACCAAUGGUCGUGGGCAGCGGUUGGGACACGGCUUUAGUGCCGCCGUGGAAUAUCUGCGUGUUUCGUCCAACGACUCAAGCCAACUGGGAAAUCUUCCGCAUCAGCGGUAUUGUGGGCGCUUAUUUACCAAUUACCGGGACGCUUUUCUGCUAUUUGAUAAUCUUAUUGUCGCAGCUCCGCCUUAAGCGGUCUAAACAUCGCCACCGUGACCCCGCUGAGCAGUCGAUGCAUUUGAAAAUGAAACGCCGCAUUUUAAUCGGAAAAAUGUUGUUUGCGUCGUCGCUGUGGUAUUUAGCCUGUUAUCUACCGCAUAUUGUCAUUACGACUUAUCAUUUUUAUAUUUACGUUAGAAAUCCACAUCUGCAGAUGUGGAUGCGAGCGCUCUAUUAUUCCGGCUACCUUGGAACACCGGUUAUUUUCUUUCUUAUUGGGAAAGAAUAUCGGAUGGGAGUGAAAGGAUGUUUCCACCGUCUACUUCGUCGAGGCAACGCGCUGUUCCUCCUGCAACCUGCACAACGGAAGCAGAAAGGAUGCCGAAUACGGAAAACCUUCAAGAAUUGUGAACAAAAGUGGUAUAUCAUCUGUACAACAACGCCAAGCAUUUGA